AUGUCCUCCGCUGCCUCAGCUUCCUCCGCAGGCAUAGGCUCCUACUUCCCAUCAGAGAGCAAAGGUCUCAAGCGCAAGCGCGCCGUUCUCGUCGUCGACAAAUAUGAAUUAGACAUUGACUCCGUGGACCCUAAUGGUUCUGUCAGCCCAGCCAUCAUAGGGGCCAUGAAGCAGAGGAUCAUCGAGUUGGAGGAACAGCUGGCCUCGCAACCCCCGCCGGCAAAGCGUGCACGAAAAAUUAACGAUACAGCUCCAUCUGCCGAGGCCACGAGCUCUUCCACUGCGCCUGUCGCAGCAAGCACCACGAAGGCCGAAGACAAGAAGCGCAAAUUGCAGCUUAAGAAGAUAUUCGACCGCCUCAAGAAAGAAUGCAAGAGUGAUUCAGUGAAGUUCCAAGGGACGAGCAAGACGAUCAAGUUUGACGAAGUUCUCGAAUACGACGAGUUCCAGUCGAUCUUUGGUGGCAAGGGCACAUUGAUCCAGCCGACACCUGAGAACAAGCCCAAGAGUACAGUGACUAUUAUGGAAUUCCGUAACAUGGCGGCUAUCGAGGACUUAUUCGGAGACGAGGUGAAGGCGUUGAAGGGCACUUCGUGGUCGCGUGGAGGCGGCCCGUACUUUGCGAAGUCUAUCAAGCAGGGCACCGUCGACGUCAACAUUGUACGACUGGACGUAAACUACUCCAAAAACGGAAUGAAGUGCUCGCUCAAGUUCGAGGUCGAGGAGCAAGGUGGCGGGUGCUACUCCUUCGGGCCUUCGCACCGGGCCUCCUUCGGCAUGGGCCGUUCGUUCAUGUGGUAG